CUUGAAAUCCUUAGAUUUAGCAAAAAAGUGUGGAUUGGGGAAGUGGGUUUGGAAAUCGAAGAUUUAAAAUGCAAACAGAUCUAGAAAUGUACGCAUCUAUACGCAUAUGUGUGUGUGUUUAUUUGAUUUGGAUUGAAAGAAAAAGUAAAGGCAUGACCCACCAAACGAGGCCCAUUGCUUUGGACAAUUCCAAUCCAUGCUUUGAGCUCUACCUGUUUGACAAUAAUGGCCAAAGAAUUCUACCAGCAGCAACAUCUCCAACUGGGUUGCUGUCUCCUUGCUCGUUUUCCCUCCUCUCCUCUCAAUCCCACCAUUCUCUCUAGAGUUUUCAUUUGCCUUUCUACUUUCUCAAUGGACAGGCAGUUGCCACUGGCAAAGUGUUCGCAGCAGCGAUGCGACGAAUGGAUAUUUCGGGAUGUUCCCAGUGACAUCACAAUAGUAGUGAGCGGUGGAGCAUUUGCCUUGCACAAAUUCCCCCUCGUCUCCCGGAGUGGGCGAAUCAGGAAGUUGAUUGCAGAGCGCAGAGACUCAGAUACUUCGAGGAUCGAGCUUCCCAGCCUGCAAGGAGGCGCCGAGUCCUUUGAGCUAGCUGCCAAAUUCUGCUAUGGUGUCAACUUUGAAAUCACUGCUGCAAAUGUUGCUCAACUGUGCUGUGUGUCCGAUUACCUUGAGAUGACCGAGGAGUUUUCCAAGAAUAAUCUCAGUUCCCGGGCUGAAGAAUAUCUCGACAGUAUUGUUUGCAAGAACCUUGAAAUGUGCGUCGAGGUGUUGCAGCAAUGUGAAGACCUACUUCCUCUUGCUGAUGAGCUGAAAAUAGUUAGCCGAUGCAUUGAUUCAAUUGCUUCCAAAGCUUGCGUAGAGCAAAUCGCUUCAAGCUUUUCGCGUCUAGAGUAUAGCAGCUCGGGGAGGCUUCACAUGAGUCGCCAGGCCAAACCCGAGGGUGACUGGUGGGUAGAAGAUCUUUCUGUUCUCCGGAUUGAUCUGUAUCAAAGAGUGAUAAAGGCCAUGAAGUGUCGUGGAGUUCGGGCUGAGAGCAUAGGGGCAUCACUCAUGAACUAUGCCGAGAAAGAGCUGACCAGAAAGUCCAGCUUAGGGAAUCCAUCUGGCCAACCAAAAGCCGAUGUGCUUGCUGGCUCAAAUGGGCAUGAAAGACUUGUAGUCGAGACGAUUGUCGGCCUGCUGCCCCUUGAGAAGCUUGCUAUUCCCAUCAGUUUCCUGUUCGGGCUCUUGCGAAGCGCCGUGUUGCUCGACUGCACAGUUGCUUCUAGGCUUGAUCUCGAAAGGCGGAUUGGAUCCCAGUUGGAUAUGGCCACUCUUGAUGAUCUCUUGAUCCCCUCCUUCCGCCAUGCCGGUGACACUUUGUUUGAUGUUGACACGGUCCACAGAAUCUUGAUUAAUUUCUCUCAGCAAGAUGACAGUGAAGAAGAUGAUAUGGAAGAUGGCUCGCUCUUUGAAUCUGACAGUCCCCAUUCACCCUCCCAAUCUGCAUUGUACAAAGUCUCGAAAUUAGUGGACAAUUACCUUGCUGAAAUUGCACCCGAUGCGAACCUCAAGCUCAACAGGCUCAUAGCAAUCGCAGACGCCUUGCCAGCGCACGCGCGCACAGUUCAUGACGGGUUGUAUCGAGCAAUCGAUAUUUACCUCAAAGCUCAUUACGGUUUAUCAGAUGCAGACAAGAAAAGGCUCUGCAAGCUGCUCGACUUUCAGAAGCUCUCCCAGGAAGCUGGUGCGCAUGCUGCGCAAAACGAGCGCCUUCCUCUCCAAUCAAUGGUCCAGGUUCUUUACUUCGAGCAGUUGAGGCUCCGGAAUGCGUUGACUUGCUCUUACCCUGACGAGGACCGCAAGCCAAUGCACCAGUCGUGGCGGAUCAGCAGCGGGGCACUCAGUGCUUCGAUGUCUCCCCGCGACAACUACGCUUCUCUGAGGCGCGAAAACCGAGAGCUGAAGCUCGAGCUUGCCCGGUUAAGGAUGAGGCUAAAUGAUCUAGAGAAAGAACAUGUCUGUAUGAAGAGGGAUAUGGAGAAGUCGAGUUCUCACAAGUUCAUCAGCUCUUUCUCAAGGAAGAUUAGCAAGCUCAACUUCUUUGGUCAUAGUUCUUCUAGGGAAUCAACCUCACCCUCAAAGCAUUCACAAAGAACAGAUUCGAAGAUGAUUGAAAGAAGAUGAAGAAUCAGUCAUAUUGGGUAAUUUACAUCAUUUUGAUCUUCCUGACUACCUCUGUUCGUUGGGUACUUACAGGGAGUGUUCUUGGUGAUAAUUCUAUAUUCUUCCACCAUAUUUGGUUUCUUUUUAGCAGCUUUCUUCCACCCUGUAUAUGGUAAUGGUGUAGUGCUUUAAUAGGAGCGACUUUUGUUUCUCCUUCAAAUUGCAACUCAUGGCUUUACUGAAUACAGACGUGCUGUAAUUCACUGAUGUUUAUGCAUGUGAAAGUGAACGAACUUGCUGUUGACACGUGUCGUACUGGGGCUUCAACCCAUUAAACAAAUUUGAGAUUCAAAUUCAGGAUUUAACGAAAUUGAUUCAGCAAC